AUGGCAGCAGGUCGUCUACUACGUUACGCUUCCUUUUUAUCAACUUUUGAUUAUAAAAUCGAACACAGGAAGGCUGAAGAUCACACCAACGUAGACUAUUUUUCACGGGUAAAAUUCAAGUCAAAACCAACCCAAGAACAUCCACUUAGUCAAGAAGCCACAGAGAUCCAUGAUCAAGUCAUAAAUCAAAUUUCGUCAAUAGACAUAACAUACAAGUCAAUCGCAGAAAAAACAUCAAAAAAUUCGGAGCUAGCGAAGCUAAAAGAUAAAUUGCUCAACGAAUCCAUCAAUGAUACUAAAUUUGAAUUACAAGAUGGAAUUAUUUUCAAAGGCAAUUGUGUCGUCAUCCCAGUAAUACUUCAAAAACAUGUGCUAGCGGACCUACAUCACACGCACGUAGGAGUUGUGAAGAUGAAGCAGCUUGCUCGACGUUACUGCUGGUGGAAAGACAUCGACAAGGAUAUUGAAAAUUUCGUAAAAGCAUGCCAACCGUGUGCCUUAGUAAAAAAGAAUCCACAGAAGGUCCCAAUUCACGCAUGGAAUAAUCUAACAGAAAAUUUUGAACGUAUUCACAUAGAUUACACUGGUGAAUUUCAAAGACACCAUUUUCUAAUCCUUGUAGACGCCAAGUCAAAAUGGCUGAAGAUAAAAGUAAUCAAUAACGCUCCGACUACGGAAGUUACCAUCCGCCUAUUACAGGAAAUUGUCAGUUUUCACGGAUUUCCUAGGAUACUAGUAUCGGACAACGCUACAAUAUUUACCAGUGAAGCAUUUACAAAAUUCUGUCAAUCAAAAUGGCAUUUAUCAAAAAUUUACAGCUCCAGAGCACCCUGCAACAAAUGGACUAGCUGA